GGGAGAAGGAAUGCCUGCCAGGUCUAGAGUGUGGGGUGUCUAAGGUGGUCAACCCAACAGGGUCAUGAAAGGUUGAGUCGCUGAGUGGGGUCCUCUGUCCCAUCGUCUCUUAUAACAGGAAGAUUGAAGUCGAAGGUGGUUGGCCAAGAUGCCAGAAGGGAUGGCGGACGGUGGGAGGAAGCUCGUGACUCUCGAUGACCUCAUCGAUGCCCUGGACAAGCGCGAGAGGGCGCCGAGCAACGUCCCAAAGGUCGAGACAUUUCAGUUCAAGGGGGACAAGGUAUCCGACUGGUUGGAUCUGACAGAACAGGCACUGGUGGGACUUUCAGAUGAGGUCAAGCUCCAGCGGGUCCUUAGGUACGUCCUGCACAACCACCAUCGGGAAGUAACUAAGGUUGUGGAUGCCGCUGGGGGCAGUUGGGCAAAGUUUGGGGACCUAAUGCGAAGGAAGUAUAGGCUGGGGGACGGCCUGUUGACCAUGGCCGACUUGGAGGCCAUGAAUAAAGAAGACUUCUCUACCAUUGGGGCGUUCGUGCACGAGUUUAAGAAAAGGGCGAGAAAAGUGCACGGGAUUUCUGAGGAGGCGCAGUGCGCCAUGUUCCUGGGACUGAUUAUGGGCUCGGAGGCCACAGAGCUAACCAGCUAUGGGGAAGGGAGCGAGAGGCUCACCUGGGCAACCAUUGACAAGGGAGUGGAAGAAGGGAGCCUGGACCAGGUGGAGCAACACCAAAUGAGGCUGCAAAGGCGUAAGAGGAAGGAGAGGGAUGCUACCGCAUCCGGGACCCCAGGGGUGAAAAGGAUCGUCACGGAUGUGUUGGCAGCACUGGGGUAUGACAAUGAAGCGGAGAUACAGAAAAGAGGGGUGCCAGUGGCCCAAGGCCGGGCAUCAGGGGCAAUAGAUGAGGAGGUUGGGCAAGAAGACUACGGCGGGGGCGAGACAGGCUCCCAGGUCAUGACUAAGGCCCAGAGGAAGCAGCGCAAUUUGCUGCAGGGAGGGCAGGGGUCAGGGAAGGGACAGGCUCCCCAAGCCAUUGUCGCACCACCGCCUGUCGCCGCGGCCGCGCCAGCGUCAGCAGGACCAUCGCACAUGGGGCCGCCGCCAACUUGCGGGCACUGGGUGCCGCACUGGAAGGAAGUGGUAGAGGUUCAAGAAGAGGAAGAUGAGGGUGAUGACGAAGAAGACGAAAGGCUCCGGCAGGAGGAGGACCGGAGGGCGGAACAGAGGGCCAAGAAGAGAGGGGCUCAGGGAGGGGCGGAGCCAAUUCUGCAUGAUGGCAUGCCUAAGAGGAAAAAGUACGCGGUCCGGCUGGAGGAAGGCUUUAACGUGGAGCGAAUGGUGGACAAGCUUCUGGAAGGCCAUAACGAUCUGAUGAAUCUAAAGGACAUUUUGGCCUCGGCACCAAGGCUCCGUGGCGAGCUGAAAGGGCGGCUCUCGCGAAGGUUAGUGCCCAAUGUCCACCUGAGCUCAAUUUUGCCCAGGGAGAUAGAGUGGACAGAGGCGGACACUAGGAUGGAUUGGAAAUGUGUGGCGUGUGGGUUGGUGGACUUGAAGGUGAGGGACCAGCCGAGCAUUGCAAUGGUGGACACGGGCACGGAGAUGAAUAUCAUCCGGGAGCGGGACGCGACCAUGUUGGGGUUGGAGGUCGACCAUUCGGACCAUGGAGUGUUGCAUGGCGCCAACUGCAAGGCCAUUUUCUGCGGCACCGCGUCUAAUGUGAUGGUGGAGAUUGGGAGAGUAAGGGCGCGAACGUGCUUCUUCGUCAUGCCCGACGUUGACCACCCCAUCCUUCUGGGGAGGUCGUUCCUCUGCCGAACGGAGACCCUAGUCUUCAACAGGCAUGAGGGGACGAUGAUCCUCGCUCUAUGUGAUCCGGCUUGUGGAAACCAUAAAAUCAUCAAAUGCCGGAACACAGGGCCCGAAAGUGGGAGGAACAGGCUCAACCUCGGCUCCUUUACCUUCGAGGAGUCUGAGUACGUGCGACGGAGACUCCGGAAGGAGCAUGAGGAGGAAGGAGCAGGCGAGGUGUUGUCCCUUAGCCUUAAUGAUGUAAAUAAGGCAAUGGAGGUGGUGGCGGCGCACGAUAUGGCAGACCCUGAGGCUAUAAAGGUGUUGAGGGAGCAGGCAGGGCCGUGCCGCAUCAAUAAUGAGAAUGAGGAGGGGCUGAUAAUUGGCGAGUCUGGCUUCCUUUCGCCCCAGGAAAGGACCUUGAUGGUGGAGACCAUGAAGAGGAGGCAUUGCGCAUAUGCGUUUAAUGAUGACGAGCGUGGGCGGUUGGACGUGGAUAAGAUCCCAAUGAUACGAAUGCAUACCGUCCUACACGAGCUGUGGAACCUGAGGGGCGCGCGGUACCCAAAUCCGAAUGAGGAGAAGAAGGUGGUGGAUUACUUGGACGGGAAGAUAAGGACAACGCUACAGUGGGUGCAGGACUUGCAACGAUUGAAUGCAGUGAUGGUGCGGGACGCGGGAGGAUUGCCGAACGCGGACGCCCUGUCAGAGUCAUGUGCAGGAAGACCUAUAAUCUCACUUAUAGACCUUUACUCUGGAUAUGACCAGUUUCCUGUGUACCCACUGGAUAGGCCGGUGACGACGAUGCAUACGCCAAGGGGGCUGAUCCACAUGAACGUGGCACCUCAGGGAUGGGCUAAUGCGGUGGCAAUGGUGCAAAGGCACAUGAUUAGGGUCAUGCAGACGGUUAAUCCACAUAUUACUCAGCCCUACAUUGACAACUUGGCGGUCAAGGGUCCAAAGGAGAAGGAGGAAGACGAAGUGAUGCCUGGAGUGAGGCGGUUCGUCUGGAAGCACGUCCAAGAUAUCGAUCAGGUUCUGGGUCUGCUGGAAGAGCACAACCUGACGGCGAGUGGCCCCAAGUCAAAGCAUUGCAUGAGGGAGGCCACGAUUYUGGGCUUUGUCUGCAACGAGAAAGGGCGGAGGCCCGAUGUGAAGAAGACAGACAAGAUCCUGGAGUGGCCAGUCCCCUUCCAGUCGAUAACGGACGUGAGGAGCUUCCUUGGGACCUGUGGGUUUUGGAGGAGUUUUGUAAAGGACUUCGCCACCAAGACGGAGCAUUUAAGAAAGCUGAGGAUUCCCGGGGACAAGAACAGGGCAGAUGGGCUGAGCCGUAUUAACUGGGAUGGGGCAGACAAAGAGUCAAUUGAGGAUACCCCACCAGUCGACGGGUUCCUGGAUCAGGAGGAGGAUGUCCGCCUCCACAUAAAUGAGUGGUCGAUGAGGGUGCCCAACUGCGUCACGCAUCCUAUAUGGCUAGCACCAAGGGGGUACGAGCAGAAGGAGGAGUUGGUCCUCAAGCCCUUCCAGGAGGAAGAUCCGUGGGGGAGAAGGAAUGUUGGCUGGAUGAUGAAGUUGGCGUUGACAGACACGUAUAGUCUGGCGGAAGAGGUGAGGACGAUAGAGGAAGGACCAACCCAGAUAGAGGAGCAUGAGCAACUAAUGGGAGGGAUGUACUUGCUCACUAAUACGCUCCUGCAGGGGAGCUCUGACCAGAGGAGCUCGACCGGGUCCGAGGAGGGCGAACUUCUUAUUCUUGAGAGCCAGGACGACGAGUUCGAAGAGGGAGAGAUUAGGGAGGCCUUCCGUGCUGAGGAGUCUGACUUUUCGAAGGCAGUCAUGCGGAGGGGCGGGAGGGACACACGGCCACGCCAGAGGCCCCAGAGGAUGGAGGGAAGGGGCGAGCAGCAUGAGCCGCCUAGGAGGGAGCCUACGCCUGAGUUUGAUGACGACAACAUUGAGCUCUUCUUCGACGUAUAUCGGGACCAUGCGGCACAGAGAGGGUGGUCAGUGGCGGAGAGGAUUCACCACUUGAGGGGUAUAGGGCGGUUUGAGGAGCCUGUCGCUCAGAUAUGCGAGGAGGCCCUGACUUGGCCAGAUGUGGAGGCCGGGAUGCAGAGGUUGAGGGCUUCCCCCAGGGGGCGUGAUGGCAUGCCCAUUCGAUUGGAGGAGGUGAACGCAGAUGAGUUCAUCCCCGCAUAUGAGCAAUACAUGUUGAGUUUGGGGGUUGCGCAGGAGGAAUGGGUGCAGGCCCUACUUAUCUGGACGAGGCAGGCAGAGAAGCAGGUGGCUAAACAGAUUCGGAAGAGGGCUCGAGAUUGGGAGGACUGUCAGGCCCAGCUCAGGAGGGCGUUCGGACGACCACAACACGAGGGGCACGAGCCCAGGGUUGAGAGGCGACGACGAAGCAAGAGACUGAGGGAACCGGCACCGAGAGAGGUGGGGCUGGCCAGAGAGAGUAGGAGAGACCCAGCACGACAGAAGGAUGAGCCCGCAGGGCCCGCAUUGGCAGAGGAGUCAUUCCCUGCUUGUGGCCUCCAGAUAGUUGAGUUUCGGCGGAUCACGAGCGGGGAUCUGAGACUGCCCUCACUGUUGCCAUCAGCGCAGGAGCUGGACAUACCAAGAGAGACGCCAUUCCGGAGUUUAGCGACUCAUCUCGACGUAUCUCAAUGGGAGGCCUCGCGAUUGGGAGAGGACUCAGCUGAGCCGCCAUGCUGUGUGCCGUUGGAAGAACCUUUGGACGCCGAGACGGAGACGGACAUGCGGGACCGAGAGGAGCCGCUGGAUCCUGAGGUGGCGGUUGAACGGUCGGAUCCGGUACGGCCUCAGGUUGGAGAGGUGAUCACGGUCGGAGACGACACCUCUCCAUGUUCCCCAGUUCCAGAGCCAGGACAACAUUCAUGGCCAGAGGGGAUUCCCGAGCCGGGCAGCGAAGAAAUUCCGGAGUCUCCCCCUGCGGCCGCCAUUACGCCUGAGCAGGAGGCAGAGGCGGAGGAUCAGGGAGUGUGUGAGAGAGCGAGGAUGGAGGCGCCCCCUGACUUGCCAUCGCCCACGCAUGUGACCAAGAGUCCGGGGCCGCGAGCGGGAAGAGCCCCAAGAGAAACCCGUGAAGAGAAGUCCGCCCGAGUGCGAGUCCGUCUGGACGAGAUACACGCGAAACAGGCCGAGAUGGAGGCGGCAGGGAUAGAGCCGACACCGUCAGCCGAGCCCAAGACGAGCGAGCAGAGGAUCGACGAGUUGUGGGCUAGGUAUGAGAGCCAGAGGGAUGCAGCCCGCCAGAGGUCACGAGAGGCAGGACGGGCGGACGAGGAGACGAAUGAGUUGAGAGAGAUGGGGGACUUGGGGUUCUCCGCGACGAGGCAGGCAAUUGAGUGCAUGGAUCGGAGGGUAUGUGAGACGGCAGUCACAUCUUUCCAAUGGUAUAAUCUACUCAGCAGUGAGCUCGGGGUUAAGGAGUUGGAGGUAGAGCACCUGACUACUCAGCUUACUGAGGAGAGGGGGAGGAGCCAGGCUAGAGAGGUUGAGUGGGAGAGAAGAUUUGGGGAGAUGGCGGCCGCUGUGGAUAGGCUCUCGACAGCUUGGGAGGUUAGCCAGAUAGGACGAGUCGGUGCCGAUGGCCAGGGCCGGGGGAUGCGCGCCCCGCCGAGCCAAGGAGCAGCAGUGGAGGUCCCUCGACAGAGUGAGCCGAUGGAGGAGGUGCCCUUGGACGCAGUUGAGGAGGAGGGUGGCAAGCAAGAGUCGCUUAUGGCUAUGUCCACGGAGAGGAGGGGUUCGCGUUUGCAUGAGCUGGCGACAGCCAUGGGGAUAGGCACUCCGCAGGAGGGGCCUCAGGGACUUGACGCUCUAGAUCAGGCCCCGAGAUUGGGAGAGUUGAGAGCGGAGCUGGGCUCCUGGGCCACGGAGACAGACUAAGGAGGGCCUGACUCGCGACGGCAGCAGCAGCAGGA